AUGUCUACUGUGGAACCAUGUCUGAUGUGGAACCAUGUCUACUGUGGAACCAUGUCUGAUGUGGAACCAUGUCUGAUGUGGAACCAUGUCUACUGUGGAACCAUGUCUACUGUGGAACCAUAUCUACUGUGGAACCAUGUCUGAUGUGGAACCAUGUCUUUAUUUCUGUAUUUUUUUUACCACGUUUUUAUUUGUUUUGUAAUUUUUUGUUGGAGGUUUACAGGUACAAUAUCAGAGAAAUGAUCAUAUUGAUCAAAAAUGAUUUUGUAAUAGUAAAAUUGGUAUGCAAAGAAAAAGAAAGAGGUGGGCCUACACCACCAACUUCCCAUCCCAUUCCCCCCACCCCAAAAUGUCUCCGUCCAAAAUAUAAAUAAAAAAAGGUGUUGCCUGGUAAUCUUGGAAUGUUACAUUUACAUAUUAGUCAUUUAGCAGACACUCUUAUCCAGAGCGACUUACAGUUAGUGAGUGCAUACAUUUUUCAUACUGUCCCCCCGUGGGAAACGAACCCACAACCCUGGCGUUGCAAGCGCCAUGCUCUACCAACUGAGCUACAGGGGACCUGUUCUCAAACCAUUACUGUCCAUGAUAUCGGCAAGGGUACAUUGUUUUUCAAUUUUGUGCCAAAUAGAAAGUUUGUGAGCAAUAAUAGGACCAAAGCGUAGUUUACAUUGUUUAAGGGAUAUAUCAGUGAAGACCACUUCUUCCAGGUCAAUAGGACAUAAAUAAUGUAUCUCUAUACUCAGCCAGGGAGCAGAAGAAUCAUGUCUAAACCACUUUAGGAUGGGAUGAAAUGUUAGUGCCCGGAAAUACAAUUUAAAGUUUGGUACGGAUAGUCCUCCUACGUCUUUCCAUCUUUGCAAUUUUGUUAUUUUUAUCCAGGAACGUUUACCUUGCCAUAUACACAAGUGUACAAAACAUUAGGAACACCUGCUCUUACCAUGACAUAGACUGACCAGGUGAAUCCAGGUGAAAGCUAUGAUCCCUAAUUGAUGUCACUUGUUAAAUCCACUUCAAUGACAUGCGCCGAAUACAACAGGUGUAGACUUUACCGUGAAAUGCUUACUUACUAAAUGGCUAACUACUGCUCUCCCUCUCCCACAGACCAUCCACACUGAUUCUAUGCCCAUCCACAGGGCUCUACCCACAUAGACACACACACCUUCACUGUCACUCUUACUCACACACACAUACUCACAUAUGCACACUCAUUAUUGAUGCCACACAUUUACCCCCCACCCACACACACACACCCUCACACCUACGCUUCUGCUAAAAUAAUUACUGAUUAGAUGUACUACUCCAUUACGCUGCUGUUCAUUGAUUAUUGAUUGCCAUUACCCAUUUGUAGCUAUCUAUGCAUCCUGCUACUGGUCACUAUUACUCCUGUUUAAAUGUACACUGAAUGUACAAAACAUUAGGAAACAUAUUAGGGACACCUGCUCUUUCCAUGACAUAGACUGACCAGGUGAAUCCAGGUGAAAGCUAUGAUCCCUUAUUGAUGUCACUUGUUAAAUCCACUUCAAUCAGUGUAGAGGUUAAAGUAGGAUUUUUAAGGCUUGAGACAAUUGAGACAUGGAUUGUGUAUGUCUGCCAUUCAGAGGGUUUGUGUGUGGGUGUAAAUGUGUGGCAUCAGUAAUGAGUGUGUGUGAGUGUGCGUAUGUGAGUAUGUGUGUGUGAGUAAGAGUGACAGUGAAGGUGUGUGUGUCUAUGUGGGUAGAGCCCUGUGGAUGGGGCAUAGAGUCAGUGUGGAUAGUCUGUGGGAGAGGGAGAGCAGUAGUUGUUAGCCAUUUAGUAAUUAAGCAUUUCACGGUAUUCCACGCAUGUGACAAAUACAUUUAAUUUGAUUUCAUUUGAAGCUGUUUAGGAGUCUGUUGGACUGAGCCUUGACGCACUUGUUACGUCUGCUGGACGGGAGCAUGGAGAACAGUCCAUGUAUCGGGUGCUGGAGUCUUUGGCAAUUUUUCGGGCCUUUCUCAGACACCGCCUGGCAUGUACUUCCUGGAUGGCUGGGAGCUCACCCCUAGUGAUGCGCUUGGCCGUCCGCCCCACCCUAUGUAGAGCCUUCUGGUCGAGGGCGGUACAGUUGCCAUACCAGACGGUGCUGCAACCAGUCAGAAUGCUCUCGAUGGUGCAGCUGUAAAAGUUCCUGAGGAUCUGAGGAACCAUGUCAAAUGGUUUCAGCCUCCUGAGGGAGAAGAGGCGCUGCAUGGGCCAUCACCAUAUUAGACCAUUUUACCACACAACCGAACCGCAACUCUUACUCUAUAUUGUUAGUGUGUGUGCGUGCAUGUGUCUGUGAGUGAGUGAAGGGGGGGGGUCCUCCCCUGUCUGUUGGUUGUGAGGCAGCAUCAGUGCAGGGUAAUUAAAUGCCCUAUCCAUCCCAUCUGCUUUUACUUCAUCAAACAUGAGAUGGGGAGAAAAUAAUUAAAAGACGAAAAUUUGGAUGGAGGAGUCCUUAUUUAUGAUAAUUUAACUGCCAUACUUACAUUCAGUACACACACACACACACACACACACACACACAGUCAAAACAGUUGGCACUCAGGUCUCCCUCUCUCGCUCAGAAAUUCUGUUGCAGACAGGGGAGGUGCAUGGAGCAGAUAGUUCCACUUAGGGCUACACUUUGAUCUAGCUGGGUGGGAGACGCCGGAAGAAUAACGUUUGCUAAAAGAUUUUGGGAUGUUGUCUCAAUGUCUUUCCUCCUGUUUAGCUACUGCUGUGACUGUCAUUAAGGCUCAUAGAGAGAGAGAGAGAGAGAGAGAGAGAGAGAGAGAGAGAGAGAGAGAGAGAGAGAGAGAGAGAUACAUUUCAAAUGUGUCUAUUCCUUUGAAACUUGUGAGUGUAAUGUUUACUAUUCAUUUUUGAUUGUUUAUUUAAAUUUAGUUUAUUAUCGAUUUCACUUGCUUUGGCAAUGUAAACAUUUUUUCCCAUGCCAAUAAAGCCCUUUGAAUUGAAUUGAGAGAGAGAGAGAGAGAGAGAGAGAGAGAGAGAGAGAGAGAGAGAGAGAGAGAGAGAGAGAGAGAGAGAGAAAUGGGGAGACAGAGAGAGGGGGGAAACAGAGACGCUGCACCCCGCUGGUUUAUAGGCGUCGUUAUAGGCCCCUCCGGCCACUCGUAACCCUGACAACGUGGUUCCGAGGGGAGAGGGGGAAUGCUCACACCUCAAACCCCCUCCAACAAGUCUCAUACCGUACCCCCAAACCCCAACCGACUCACCCCAGACUCACUCCAGACUGACUGCUUACAUCUCAGCCCUAGCUCACUCCCCUGUGCCACAUAGCCCACCUUCAAACCUUCAGCUAGCAUCCAUCCCACCACCACCACCACCACCACCACCACACAUUAAACCCUAAGGGAUUUUUAACUCAAAUACUUCUAGUAAAGUUAUAAUAUCAAAUACACUUUUUUCCCAGCAUGCUCUACUGUAGGUAGCUGUUUUUGAAUUGUUUUUACAGUUUUUUCUAACUGCUUACACACGUUUUCAAAACUAUGUCUCCUUUUUUCAAAACUACACACAAUUCCCAAAACUGCACACACACAAAAUGCUAAAUGCCUCACAUCUCCUUCAAAAUGUAACACUGCAUUCAAAAUGCCAUAAACACAUGUCAGAAUGAAGCAUUUGCAUCAAAUGGCAAACACUUCUUUCAUAAUAGUAAAUUUUUGGAUAUACCAUGUAAACACUGUUGUUCUAAAUCUAAAGCUCUUUGAUCUUUCAUAGCCUUAUAUCUACAUUUCAAUACAAUGUUCUACAGUGAACGCAAUCUGCUGAGAGGGGUAACAAGUUCACUGUAAACACCAAUGCAAUGUAGAAACAGAACAUAUUUAUUAGGCCAAACAUUACUGUUGUAUACAGUAGCAUACAACAAAACCAUAAACAUAUGUAAACCAAAAGUAUAUUCUUUAGAAUACAGUAAAGAACACAAUUGUGUGUGUGGGGUCCCGGUGGGGCAGUCCAGGAAUUGGUAGGCGGGGGGGGGGGGGGGGGGGGGGGGCAGUCACCAGUGCUAAGCUACGCUUCAUCUCUUCUACGGGCUGGGUCUGGCCACAAUACUUCAUCCACAUCACAAGAUACGUUUUCUCUUGCCAAACAUCGAGGGAAGUAUCUCCUAGCAUGGCGUAUCCAACCUUGGACAGAGGCAACCUCUAUGUCCCCACAUGCGUUCUCCAUUGCCUGGAGAUGCGGCAUGCGGGCAUAGGGUUGGCGAUCAUACACUUUCCAGCGCCAGGCUGAGAAGAAUUCCUCUAUGGGAUUUAGAAAAGGUGAAUAUGGGGUUAGGUACAAAACUACAAAUUGUGGAUGGGUGGCAAACCAGUUUUGGACCAGAACAGCCCGGUGAAAACUAACAUUGUCCCAUAUAACCACAAAUCUAGCAGGCUCCUGAUCUGGAUCAGGGACAAGCAUUGUGUAAAUUGAUCCAGAAAAGUGAGCAUAUGGCCGGUGUUGUGAUGGAGGACCCCGUUUUGAGUGUUGGCAACACACAUAGUUAUAUUACCCCCACGCUGUCCAGGGACAUUGGUAAUUGCCCUCUGUCCUAUUACAUUUCUUCCGCGGAGCCUGGUUUUAUAAUAAAAUAAUAAUAAAUAAUAUGCCAUUUAGCAGACGCUUUUAUCCAAAGCGACUUACAGUCGUGCGUGCAUACCGUUUUGGUGAGGUUGAAGCCAAUCUCAUCCACAUAAAUAAAUUCAUGGCGAAUUACAUGGGCAUCCAUCUCCAAUACUCUCUGUAACAGACAAAAGGAUAUACAGAUGAGUAAAUAUGGUAUGUCUGAAGUACUGGAAGUAGUGUUGCAUACAUACCUCUACAAAGUCAUGUCGCAGAUUCUUGACUGUCAGAGUUUCUCUCAAAUGGCACCUUGUAAAGUUGUUUCAUCAUCACUUGGUGCCGUUGGAGGAUGCGUUGUAUGGUUGACAGGCUUACAGCAUUGAUGUUGUUAAAUAUGGUGUCAUUAUUCAAGAUAUGCUCUCUUAUCUCUCGAAUCCUAACUGCAUUGUUGGCCAAAACCAUAAUUAUAAUUGCAGUCUCUUGUACAUCUGUAAACAAGCGUCCUCGUCCUCCAUGAUGUCUUUGCCUUUCCACUCUGUACAGAAUUCAAACACAGUAUGUGUUCAGCAUAGGAACUGUAAACAAUGUACACAAAAAUGUAGUACAGCAUGAUAACCAACCUCAUUCAUUCAAUGCAGUGCAGUAAAUGGAUGGCUUAGAGUUACAAAUGUUUAUGCAAUACUAUGCAGUCAUACGUAUUUUACAGUACAUUACUGUAAUGCUAAAAUAGUAAUUAGAUAGUUGCAUACCUGUUCUCAUUUCUGAAGGUUCGAAUUAUGGACGCCACUGUAAAUCGACUCAAGUUGGGCUGGACUCUCAGUCCAGCCUCUCUCAUGGUCAAACCGUGGUUGAUCACAUGAUCAACAAGUGUUGCCCUAAUCUCAUCAGAGAUGGCUCUCCUUCCUUCUCUUCUUUGCCCUCGUCCUCUUCUUCCUCUUCCUCUUCCUCUUCCUCUUCCUCUUCCUCUUCCUCUACCUCCUACUCCUCCUCUUCCAACUAUUCGUCUUUGAAUUUGUCCUCGUUGUUGUCCCCUGCCUCUCCCUCCUACUCCUCUUGCUCUCUGUCCAUUGUUGGCAUCCAUUGUUCAAAACAGUCCUAUACUACAGUAAAGCAGUGAUUGGUUAGUGAUCAGUUAAGCAAUUAGUGUUUGAACAUGAGAGGAGAGUGUGUUUGACCUGGUGAAUAAGAGUAGCAUUUUGAUUGGUUGUGUUUGGAAAAGGAAAGCAAGUCACUUCCUGUUAGAUUUUUGUGUUUUAGGUAGAGAAUUGUGUGUAGUGUUUUGAAAAAAGUGUUUUAUGCAAUUGACAACUGAGUCAAAGGCUGAGAAAUAGCUUAUGGUUUUGGAGAUUUUGUGUGUAGUUUUGCACUUUGAGUGAGAGGUUUCAAAAAUCGUGUGACAUGAAAAGAUUUUGUGUAAGCAGUUGGAAAAAACUGUAAUAUCCGUGUUUUUGCAUGCACAUUGAGUGAUUGAUUGAUUAAUCUUAUGCUACACAAAGAUAAAUAACAUACAUUUUUCUAAACUAAUCCAAUAAUUUAGAUAGAUUUUGUGCACCCGUUACUGAAAUGGUUGUUCCACUUUAAAUGCCUUAAGUAGUCUUUUCACACUGUUCCUAACCCUGGCAGUCAUUAUGAAUGCUGGUCACGGGAUAAUUAAAAUGUCAAAUGUUAGAUAUUCUAACUCUGGCUGGAUUCCAAUAGGAAUUACACAUCAUUUUGCAAGCCAGCAUAUUGUGACUUGCAGGUAGGGUAAAAACAUUUUGGGUAAAUUUCCCAGGUUUUCCAAAAAUCCCGGUUGGAAGAUUCCUGGCAAUCCUUCAAGCAUGAUUUCUUUUAAAUCUGGGAAUUUGGGGAAAGUUACCGGAAUUUUGCAACCCUACUUGCAGAGCUGAUGUGGCCUGUAAACCAUGCUUUUCAAGCCUCUGUAUUAGGGUAAAGCUUCAAAAUAAGGCCUUUUGAGACAUGUAAUAUAUUGUCAUAAAGAGUUUAAUUAUAAUGAUAACGUUCGCCUAGGAACUCAGUUGGUGAAGGCCACAGGACUAAAAAUGAAUUAAUUCAACAACCAUGUCUCUGUCACUAAUAAAUAAAGUAAUGGGUGGUAUUCUACAAUUCACUCGAAAAGAGUCACUGUGACUAUCGGUUUGAGUAAUGACUACAAAAUCACUUUAAGUAACUGUACUCAGAUACAGUGCAUUCGGAAAGUAUUCAGACCCCUUCCCAUUUUCCACAUUUUGUUACAUUACAGCCUUAUUCUAAAAUUGAUUAAAUUAAUGUUUUUCCUCAUCAAUCUAAACACAAUUUCCCAUAAUGACAAAGUGAAAACAGGUUUUUUUGACAUUUUUGCAAAUUUAUAAAAAAUAAAAAACAGAAAUACCUUCUUUACAUAAGUAUUCAGACCCUUUGCUAUGAGACUCGAAAUUGAGCUCAGGUGCAUCCUGUUUCCAUUGAUCAUCCUUGAGAUGUUUCUACAACUUGAUUGGAGUCCACCUGUGGUAAAUUCAAUUGAUUGGACAUGAUUUGGAAAGGCACACACCUGUCUAUAUAAGGUCCCACAGUUGACAUGAGGUCGAAGGAAUUGUCCGUAGAGCUCUGAGACAGGAUUGUGUCAAGGCACAGAUCUGGGGAAGGAUACCAAAAAAUGUCUACAGCAUUGAAGGUCCCCAAGAACACAGUGGCCUCCAUCAUUCUUAAAUGGAAGAAGUUUGGAAACACCAAGACUCUUCCUAGAGCUGGCCGCCCUCCAAACUGAGCAAUCGGGAGAGAAGGGCCUUGGUCAGGAAGGUGACCAAACACCCGAUGCUCACUCUGACAGAGCUCCAGAGUUCCUCUGUGGAGAUGGGAGAACCUUCCAGAAGGACAACCAUCUCUGCAGCACUCCACCAAUCAGGCCUUUAUGGUAGAGUGGCCAGAUGGAGUUUGCCAAAAGGCACCUAAAGGACUCUCAGACCAUGAGAAACAAGAUUCUCUGGUCUGAUGAAACAAAGAUUGAACUCUUUGGACUGAAUGCCAAGACAACACAGGAGUGGCUUCGGGACAAGUCUCUGAAUGUCCUUGAGUGGCCCAGCCAGAGCCCGGACCUGAACCCGAUCGAACAUCUCUGGAGAGACCUGAAAAUAGCUGUGCAGCAACACUCCCCAUCCAACCUGACAGAGCUUGAGAGGAUCUGCAGAGAAGAAUGGGAGAAACUCCCCAAAUACAGGUGUGCCAAGCUUGUCAUACCCAAGAAGACUUGAGGCUGUAAUCGCUGCCAAAGGUGCUUCAACAAAGUACUGAGUAAAGGGUCUGAAUACUUAUGUAAAUGUGAUAUUUCAUUAUUUAUUUUUUUAUACAUUUGCAAAACUUUCUACAAACCUGUUUUUGCUUUGUCAUUAUGGGGUAUUGUUUGUAGAUUGAUGAGGGGAAAAAACUAUUUAAUCAAUUUUAGAAUAAGGCUAUAACGUUACAAAUGUGGAAAAAGUAAAGGGGUCUGAAUACUUUCCGAAUGCACUAUAGUAUAAUGGGUUUCCUCAAAAGUAUUGAGUAAUGGCAGCACAUUGGGGUUUACAGUGCAUCAUCAUCACAUACAACCAUAGAACUGAGCUCUCUAGAGAGCAGUCAACUGCUUCACAGCACUCACUUUGUCUCUAGCUUGGUCUAUUCUCUUAACCCUCCCCUGAUGGAACUCAUAGUGCUACUGUAGCUGCUUUAAUUUUGAUCUGAAACCUAAAAAUGGUUAUAUGUAUUUAGUGCCUUGUUGAAAACACUAAAAAGACAGAAAGCAAAAAGACUGCUAGUGCAGAGAGAUGUUGACCUGCGGACUGUGUGUGUUUCUGUGUUUGUGAGCUAAAUGUCAGACGGGCGGUUGGCAGGCUGUGCAAAAACAGGCUCCUGUUCGAGUCUUGCUGACUCAUGCCACUUUAGGUAAACAGCCAGCACAGACCAGGGCCUUGUCCUCACACACACACACACACACACACACACACACCCUGAGGUAGAUGACUGGAUCUGAGAGCAGAGCAGUGUGUGUGUGUGUGUGUGUGUGUGUGUGUGUGUGUGUGCGUGUGUGUGUGUGUGUGUGUGUGUGUGUGUGUGUGUGUGUGUGUGUGCAGAGGCAACACCAUGAUCACUUCCACUCAGACACACCAACAGCCUGUGAUGAAGUUAGUAAUGUAGCCUACGCUAGCUAGCUGUAUGACUGUGUGACUGUGUGCCUGAGUGGAAAUGAUCAUGGUGUUCCCUCUGCACACACACACACACACACACACAGGUCACAAGUCAACAUCUCUCUGGUCUCUCAGGUUUCUGCCAGUCCUCCAGUUGGGUCUCACACAGAAUCCUGUCCAUUUCACAGUUUAUUCUCUCAUGAUUUAGAGACAUAUGCUGCCAUUUAAAAUCGUCAAUAUAAAGACUUGAGUUUGGCCACUUGGUGAGGGAAUGCAUCAUAAAUGUAAAAUUAACAUAAAGGUCAAAUUAGACAUUUAGCAUUGAAAGUGAUCACACAGACAAAGUUCCAUUGUAUUGACAUGCUGAACACAGCUCCUGGUAUUGUGUCCAUGAGUGAAAUAGAUUCUCUAGAAAAAAAACAGCUCCAUCCUCUAGCCUUAUUAGAGAGAAAGCAACCAAACUGAGGAGGGAGGGGAUGAGAGAGGAGGGGAUUAGGGGAUGAGCAGCCUGGUCUCAUGGACUAGAUCAAAUUAGUUAUGUUUGGUAUGGUUACAUAGGACAGAAUGUUACAUAAGGAAAAAACUAAGGAGGGUGGUUGGUCGAGGUGGAUGGGUAGGCGUAUAACGCGAAUGUGUUCAAAUCUCUUCACAGACAACUUGUAAUAGGGGUGAGGAGAAGGUGGGGGAGAAAGGAGGGGUGAGGAGGGUGGGAGGGAGAGAAGUGAGCCCUGUCCUGUUUGGGUCAUAACGCAUUGAUCACAGUGGAAAUGUCAGAACCCUGUUCCAUAGCGACUGUUGCUGUUGCGUUGUUGCCCACCUGCUGUCACCCGUCCAGUUCAGCAAAACAGAAACAUUUCAAACAGAGUAAAAGUGAGAACAUCACAAGUCUCCUAUAAAAGGCCAAAAUCACAACACUGUGUUUACAUCACUUCUCUCUCUCCUUUUAAAACCACAAUGAAAGAGCAACAUCCAUUUCAUCUCUUCUUGUUGAAAGUUUAUUUUCAUAGCUUUCUGUAAAGCUCAGAACUUUAACCACUUAUUUCAUUCACGCUUCGCUCCUUACUGUAAAAUAACAAAAAAUGACAAUCCUGAAACAUAAAGCCUACUGUAGCUUGCUGUCCAACAGUUCCAUACUACAUGCACUUUAUAUUAAAGGAGGACUUAAAUGUGCCAUAAAUCCACAUCGUGAUGUGUUACAGUCUUGUGUAACAGAACAGAGAAGGGAACAAAAUGGUGGUGCAUGGCUGUACAUGUUCCUGAGAACUGGGAUUUUCCCUAAUCCUGUUCUCCUCACACCUGUGUAUGUGGCUAGAACUAAAACGCUCUUAGAUUUUAUUGCAAAGUGUGCAUACUUCGAAAUCCAUGCCAAUGUAGUGAUUUCUAAACAUUGAACUUGGCAUUAAUAUUCUCCAUUGGAUUACCUACGAAUUGUUCCUUGUAGCUUUGCAGCUGAAUGGCAAACAAGGCACAGCAAAUGUUUCUCUUUUGGGCCAAUGGAGGUGCUUACUAUCUGUGAUUAUGUUAAGACACACAUACAGAACAUCACCACCUGGUUGUACCACCUGUAUUCCUAGCUGUUCCACAGCUCCCUUUCCUCUGUGCUGUGCUGCCUAGUCAACGGGCGGAGGAGGAGGAAAUGGCUGACUGGCCGGAGCUGGGCUCCAGAGCAGAAUAUCAUUGCACUAUUACAUUUACAUUUUAGUCAUUUAGCAGACGCUCUUAUCCAGAGCGACUUACAGUUAGUGAGUGCAUACAUUUUUCAUACUGGUCCCCCGUGGGAAUCGAACCCACAACCCUGGCGUUGCAAGCGCCAUGCUCUACCAACUGAGCUACACUGUAUUAUAUAUGAUAUUCAGUUAUAUAGGGCACCGGUGAAACCCAGCACAUUGUAAAGUGGAGGAAAAAUCCCCUCAGUGACGGGCUAAGAAGGUUUGAGGGUUUGCAGCCAGCAGUGGUGGUGGCGUGGUUAGGAAAGCCUCUGCUUGGGGACACACAGACUAACGCUGGCCACUCCUGCUUAAGAAGGUCAGCCAUAUUUCAUCUAUAUACUGACCCCAUUGCACAACACCAGCCAUUCUGUGAAUUAUUGCACAUAUCCAGCCAGGAAGCAUCUUCAUAAAAUAUAUACUGAUGAUUUUGAAUAGUAAUAUUUUCUUUUAGCUUGCUAUUUGGAAGUUACUGUAAGAAAGUGCUACUUUUCCAAUGGCUCUAUGAAGCCAGACCUGUCCUUCCCAAACAGAAUGAAGUAGACUGGAGACAUCUUUAUGACCAAUCUCUUCCUGUCAGAUGGGAAUUAACCUUUUCUCAAAUCUCUUUUCUCUCUCUCCCUCCCUCCUCUCUCUCUCCACUAUAUCCCUCUCUCCCCCCCCCCCCCCCCUCUCUCUCUCUCUCUCUUUCCAUUAUCUCUAUUUCUCUCGCGCGCACACACACUUUUGCUCUAUCUCUCAAUUUUCUCCAUCGCUUUCUCAGCCAUAGUGUUUUAGAUGUGAGAUAACACACAGCUCGUCUGCUCUGCCGACAGUUCCUAAUGAUCUCCUCUCACACCCAGAGCUUUGACUCAAAUGGCCUCAUAGAGUUAGAAUGAGUAGAAUAGACAGUCCAUCAGUCUACAGAGAACUGCUUUGAAUGGGGAUGUUGAUUCUACUCGUUCUGAUUCUAUGCUUCACCCACACAGCCAGACUAACGCUAGCACUGUGAGGAGUUCAUAUCACACAGUCUUCUGCUGCCAAUCUACACCAGAUAAUCAUUUGACUGGUGAAGAGAUCAUUAAGAUGCUUUUAUGUCACUUUCAGAAGUUUAGAAUGGUAAUUAUUAUUUUUUUUUUUAGAAUGUCUUUACAAUUUCUAAGAGAUUAAAGAAAGCAUGACUAUAAAUUGAGAAAUUGACAUAUCUUGGAUUAUUCUCUGGAAAGAUGUUACAUGUAUUCACUAUUUCAUUUUUAUUCACUAUUCAGUAUAUUCAUUAUUAGUCAGAUGGGAGAACAGAGUAGCCUAUAAAUGAAAACCCUUCAUAUGAAAAGCAUGAAACCAUUUCUUUUCAUCAGUUCAUAAAAUUGCAUGUUCCAAGGUCAACCAUAAAAGUUAAAAGUUGUGCAGAUACAGCUUUUCCACAAAUCCAAUUGCAGAACUUCUAAUGGUGUUCUACUGUGCACACUGAUUGUGAUGGCCUGAGGCAAAUAAAGCAGCCCAAGACCAGCAACAUUGGAGAACUUUAAUACAAGUCCUAUUUUCUAAUUUUCUAUAUGAUUUCAGAAGCUACAUGUCCUGGCUUGUGAUCCCAGCUAAUAUAAUAAUCUCCUAAAGAAACAGUGAGUAUAGCUGUGCUGGUGUCAGCUAGCUGUUUCAUGGAUGUGUGCUUCACUGAGGCCUGGUGAUCACCACAGCUCAACACAGGUACACUACAGUACCCCUCUGCUUCUAAUGAGAGAGUGUGUGUGAGCGCAGACACUUGAAGUGCCGCACACACACGCUGACACGCACGCACAUGCGCACACACACACAGGUCUACAUCUCCCCCCCACCACCCUUGCCUCCAGUCCUCAGUUCAGCCUGAGUGCCUCAGUGACGUGGGGGAGUGUGUGUGUGUUGCAGACGGAUCCCUCUGUCUGGCUGACCCCAGUGGAGAAAGGGAAGGAUGAGAAAAGGCAAUUAAAGGAGAGAUGACUUGUGUGUCUCCAGGAGGGCCUCUGACCAUUAACCUUUCCAGAGAAAAAGGGAGAAAAACAAGGGAGAGACGGAGAGCAAACCCAGCGAGGGAGAUCAUCCGUUUAGACUAAAGCGCUCCCUCGUUUUUACAGCGCUAAUAUCCUGCUUCUUUAAGCCCUUUCAAUCUUAAUUGUAACUUUGUGUGGACGGUUCAUAUAAUAGUAAGUUGGGCCCAGAUGUAUGUGUGUCCAAGGACCUGCACACAUCAAGCCACUGUUACACUGAUACAACCAUUUGGCUGUAUUUAAGGAAAGAAAAUAUUGUGUCUUAUACUGUCAGAGAUACAUGCAUGUCUGAGAGUCCUAAACAAUUGCAUCUCUGAUAGUCGUGUUCCAGGUGUGUUUGGGCCUGGAGUGUAGUGUGUAGGGCAAUGUGUAGGGGGAAUGUAGUGUGUAGGGCAAUGUGUAGGGGGAAUGUAGUGUGUUGGGGAAUGUGUAGGGGAGUGUAUUGUGUAGGGUAGUGUGUAGGGGGAGUGUAGUGUGUAGGGGAGUGUGUAGGGGAGUGUAUUGUGUAGGGGAGUGUGUAGGGGAGUGUAGUGUGUAGGGUAGUGUGUAGGGGGAGUGUAGUGUGUAGGGUAGUGUGUAGUGUGUAGGGUAGUGUGUAGGGGGAGUGUAGUGUGUAGGGUAGUGUGUAGGGGGAGUGUAGUGUGUAGGGUAGUGUGUAGGGGGAGUGUAGUUUGUAGGGUAGUGUGUAGGGGGAGUGUAAUGUGUAGGGUAGUGUGUAGGGGGGGAGUGUAGUAGUGUGUAGGGGGAGUGUAGUGUGUGGGGUAGUGUGUAGGGGGAGUGUAGUGUGUAGAGUAGUGUGUAGGGGGAGUGUAGUGUGUAGGGUAGUGUGUAGGGGGAGUGUAGUGUGUAGGGUAGUGUGUAGGGGGAGUGUAGUGUGUUGGGCAAUGGAUAGUGUGUAGUGUGUAGAUGGAUGGUUGUGUGUAGGGGGUCUAGCAGCAGUAGGUGAGAGAGAGAACACUCUGAAAUAGGUGAGGGAUUUGGAUGCUUUCCAUUGUAUAGCAGAAUAACCCUGCUCAUAUAUGAAAGGCGGUAAAUGACAGAGUAGCGGCCCAGAGUACAUUGUGCGUGCAUGUGUGUGUUUGUUUUCAGAGAGACAGGAAGUCUAAACAGCGGAACAGAGGAUCAUCAUCAUUGCUUGAUUACAGAGCAGGCAGCUAAAGUGUGAGAGUGUGUGUGCCAAAAAAGACACAAUACACUGGCAACACUGAUACAACACACUGCCAACAAAGACACAACACACUGGCAACACUGAUACAACACACUGCCUACACAGACACAACACACUGGCAACACUGAUACAACACACUGCCAACAAAAACACAACACACUGGCAACACUGAUACAACACACUGCCAACAAAGACACAACACACUGCCAACAAAGACACAACAUACUGGCAACACUGAUACAACACACUACCAACAAAGACACAACACACUGGCAACACUGAUACAACACACUGCUAACAGAGACACAACACACUGCCAACAAAGACACAACACACUGGCAACACUGAUACAACACACUACCAACAAAGACACAAAACACUGGCAACACUGAUACAACACACUGCCAACAAAGACACAACACACUGGCAACACUGACACAACACACUGCUAACAGAGACACAACACACUGCCAACAAAGACACAACACACUGCCAACCCUUAUACAACACACUGCCAACAAAGACACAACACACUGGAACACAGACACAACACACUGCCAACAAAGACACAACACACUGGCAACACUGAUACAACACACUGCCAACAAAGACACAACACACUGUCAACAAAACACAACACACUGCCAACAAAGACACAACACACUGGCAACACUGAUACAACACACUACCAACAAAGACACAACACACUGGCAACACUGAUACAACACACUGCCAACAAAGACACAACACACUGGCAACACUGA